UCGCGAGGGGAGUCCGCAGGGAGGCCGCAGGGGCGCGCCCGGGGCACGCUGGGAACGCCGGGUGCCCCGGCCCUUCUGACCCGGAAGGGCUGGCGUGUGGUAACCCCGGCUUCCCUAGCAACCGAGCGGGCGUGAGUCCUCCUCGCUCUCGCCGGCUGCCUCCCAGGAUGCCGCUGCAGCUUAGCAAUUACAGCUGGCGGCAGACGAGCACUGCGGUCUUCAUCUCUGUGCCCCUCCGAGGCGUCAGCGUCCGAGACGCGGACGUGUUCUGCACCGAAAAUUAUCUGAAGGUGAACAGCCCUCCAUUUUUAUUCGAGGCGUUUCUCUAUGCUCCCAUAGACGAUGAGAGCAGCAAAGCCAAGAUUGGGAAUAACAUUAUUGUUUUCACCCUGCACAAAAAAGAAGCAGCCAUGUGGGAGACCCUUUCUCUGUCAGGUGUUGACAAAGAGAUGAUGCAAAGAAUAAGGGAGAAAUCUAUCCUACAAGCACAGGAAAGAGCAAAAGAAGCUACGGAAGCAAAAGCUGUGGCAAGGAGGGAAGAUCAAAAAUAUACACUAGGUGUCAUGAUGAAGAUUGAAGAGGAAGAGAGGAAAAAAAUAGAAGAUAUGAAAGAAAAUGAACGGAUAAAAGCAACUAAAGAAUUGGAAGCCUGGAAAGAAUGUCAAAGAAAAGCUGAAGAACUCAAAAUAAUUCAGAGAGAAGAAAAAUUAUAUCAUCAAGAAAAGCAAAUGAAAGAAGAGAGAAAAAAAUUAAAACAUAAAUGUCUUACUGGGAAUUCAGCAUCUAAAAAUCUUGCCACAAAAGGGAGAAAUUCAGAAAAUAUAUUUUUUGAGAAGUUAAAGGAAGACAGUAUUCCUGCUCCUCGCUCUGUUGGCAGUAUUAAAAUAAGCUUUACUCCUCGAGUAUUCCCGACAGCUCUCCGGGAAUCGCAAGUAGCAGAAGAAGAGGAGUGGCUACAUAAACAAGCAGAGGCACGAAGAGCAAUGAAUACUGAUAUUCCUGAACUUUGUGAUUUAAAAGAAGAGGAAAAGAACCCAGAAUGGUUGAAGGACAAAGGAAACAAAUUGUUUGCAACGGAAAACUAUUUGGCAGCUAUUAAUGCAUACAACUUAGCCAUAAGACUAAAUAAUAAGAUUCCACUACUGUAUUUGAAUCGGGCUGCUUGCCACCUAAAACUGAAAAACUUACACAAGGCCAUCGAAGAUUCUUCUAAGGCCCUAGAAAUAUUGACACCACCCGUUGCAGACAACGCUAAUGCAAGAAUGAAGGCAUACAUCCGUCGCGGAACAGCAUUCUGUCAACUAGAGUUGUAUGUGGAAGGCCUACAGGAUUACGAAGCUGCUCUUAAGAUUGAUCCAUCCAACAAAAUUGUACAAAAUGAUGCUGAGAAGAUUCGGAAUAUAAUUCAAGGAACAGAACUAGAAUCUAAAUGACUACUAGAAGCGAGUAGGUAUUGUUCUAAGUUUAACAAAAUAACUGGAGGCAUUAGAAAUCUGUGCAUAUUAUGGCAGAUUAUACAGAAUCACUUUGUGUUUAGUUCCAUAGAGGGCAGAAUAUUAUAAAUCUGUAGAAAAUGAAAUGUUUGAUUUGAAUUUUUUUUGAAUAAGUAAAUCAAAAUAAGAAUAAUUAUUUAAAUUAUUUGUUUCAUAUUGCUACAGAAUUUUUUUUGUUACUGAAUUCAGCUUGCCCUUAUAACUAAUAAUAUAUUUGUUGGUGUGAUUACCAGGACACUUACUGAUUCAUUUUUAACAAGAAGCUUAAAAUAAAAGAUUGUGUUUAUAAAAUAUUUUUGUUUGUAUUAAAUACACAAUUUAAUUGUCAAAAUGCUUGGCUUUGUUAUAAUCAGUAUUGAUGUUUCCACUUAGUUUCCAAGUGCACAGAAUCUUCUUUUAAAAGAAUGCUGGUCCACUACCUGUUUUAGGUUAGACCAGUUUACCUUAGUGUUCAUAAAACAACUGUUUGGAAAACCUUAUCUUCAGCUGUAGGGAGUGUAGCCAAAGCAUGGAUCAUAUUUUAUAAUACUAUCUGAUGAUGAUAACUUUUCUAGUAAGAUUGUUUUCUAGCACUGUCAAACAUACCAGGAAAAAAAAAAAGACCGCAAAGGGUGAAAAUGUUAACUUAGAACAUUGUGCUACUGGCACCGGCUUGCACCACCAGCUGUGUUGUAUCACUGUGGUGAUGCAAGCAUUAAGCAAAACCAGCACAGCUUCCCUUUUGCUUCUAACAGUUGUCACAGUUCUCUGUGAUUAUAUUUAGGGGUUUUUUUAGGGGAAAAAAACCACAAAAUUUUUAGAAAUAAGUUUUACAGUAUUUGGUCAUCAGAUGUCAUUCAAGUGGAUCAUAAAACAGUCUUUUUUUUUUUUUUAAAGAUGUAAUACUUUUUUGCAUAUGUAAGAGUAUCCUAGUUCAGCAAGCUUGAAACUUUUACUUCUAUAAAGCAACUCUUGAUAACUUCUGUAGCAGUCCUGCUCAGUUAUCAGACCUUCUGGGGAGGUAGGAUUGCUUUUUCUUAUAAUCAGCCCUGGUUUGUUUUUAUUUUUAAAAAUAAAUGUAACCAAAGUAAAGGUGGUUCUCUGGGAAAUGGAGUCACCUUAGACCCAGAGAAGGAAGCCUCAUGUUAACGGUGGCAGAGAUAACCCAUCAACUUAGGUCCCAGAAUGACUUUGCAAAUCAGAUCUACUUACCCAUCCAAACCACUUGUCUGUUAUGUGGGAGAAAAAUGAACUUUUAUCUUAAGUAUGAAAAAGCAAAGAAGGUGGUUCUUCUGUGUAUCGUGUUCUAGUUUGACAUUCAGAAUACAUUAGCUAACCUAAUCUUCUCUCAGGCUCUUCCUAUUGCAGGAAAAACGGGGCACUAGAGGAUGGUCACAUCCCGGGUCUCCAUGAGUCCCAGAGACAGGCCAUCAAGUGAGGUUCCUUGGCUUUGGGCAGGAAAGAAUUCAAGAGCGAGUCAUAGUAAAGUGAAAGCAGGUUUAUUUAGAGAUGCAGGUUCCAUAGACAGAAUACAGCCAUCUCAAAAGGUGAGAGCUGUGCCCAGGUGUGGGAGUUGUUAGUUUUAUGGGCUGGGUAGUUUCAUAGGCUUAUUAUAGUGGGAGAAUUAUUCCUACUCUCUUGGAGAAAGGGCAGGGAUUUCCAGCAAUUGGGCCAUGCCCACUUUUUGGCCUUUUAUGGUCCGCCUUGGAACUGUCGUGGCGCCUGUGGCUGUAUCAUUUAGUUAAUGUAUUACAAGGAGCAUGAAAUGAGGCUUAGGGGCUACUGGUAGUCAAAAAUCUUCCACCAUCUUAGACCUAGUUGGUUCUAACCAGUUUUUUCUCUAUCCUCAAUGACUGUGGCAUUCUUUUAAAAAAGGUUGUGCCCUGUUCCCUUCCCUCGUGUCUCAUUCCUAUUACAUCCCAAUCAGAAACAAAAACCUGGGCCCAGUAGUUACCCUAAGUGCAAAAGAUCUAUUUUUGGAGGAGAUAGAAGGGAGUUUUAAGUAGUUAGUUAUUAUUUUUGACCCUAGCCUCUAAGUCUUGGUUUAAAAGCAAUAGAUACUCAUUUGUAUUCAUGAACUACUUGACCUUUUUUGAGCAAAUCUUCUGUUAAGGGACUUAUGUCUUAGACUGAGGGUAGUGAGAGAGUUAAAUUAGAGAUAUGCACAUUCCUAUUUCAUUUAUUUCAUUUCAUUUAUGAUAAAAGCAUGCUUCCCAAAUAGAGUUAUCAUUAAAACUUAGAGUAAAAGAUUAUUAAGAGGAAAAAUUAUUAUGGUAGUCCUUAGACAUGACCAAGUCAAACAAGGAAAGAUUUAUUACUUGCAGCAAGUAAAGAGAACACUGGGGAUUUUUCCCCAAGCUCCAAAAUUGGGGAAGUUUUAUUAAGCUAAAGGUGCAUGCAUAUUCAUGAAACAGCUUGAGCAAAGAAUUCUCCUUGGAGUUGGCAAAGUAAACAGAGUUCCAGGCUCUAGUUGAUUGAAGUUAGGAGUGUCAGAAAAGGUCCAACAUCAUCAUCGCUUAGCUUCCAGUAGAUCUGGUGGUUGAGCCCUGGUUGUUGUUCAGUCGCUAAGUCCUGUCUGACUCUAGGUGACCACAUGGACUGCAGCACACCAGGCUCCCCUGUCCUUGACUG